AUGGUCUGCGGACUUCAUCCUUAUAGCACUGAAGUUGGCCAUAUGGACAGGGAAUGGGGGUCUGACGUGGCGAAAGAGAGCACUUUCAACUCUGCAACUGUAAAGUACACGGAUUUCUUGCUGGCAACGGCUUCAGGAAAGGUUGAAGGAGUAAAAGUUCCUGGUAAACUUGCAACUCCUUUUGAGAAAACCAAAGUUGCAGCUUACACUUUAGGUGCUAUGACGCCAUGCAUGAGGCUUUAUGCCUUUCUAGGCAAGGAGCUCGAGGCACUUCUGGAUCCUAAUGAAAGUAGUCACCUCUACAAGAAGUGGAUUGAUAAUUAUUCCUCGGAAGGUUUUCAGGCAUCAGCUUUGCAAACUGAGGACUUGCUGGAUAAAUUGAGUGUGUCCUUGACUGGCGAAGAGCUUGAUGUCAUUGAAAAGCUUUAUCAACAAGCAAUGAAACUUGAGAUAGGGUUCUUCACUGCUCAUUCGCUUGUUCAGCAAACUGUCGUUCCUCUAGCAAAAGGGCACAACCCCGCAGAACAUCGUCUUAUGAUAUUUUCUGAUUUUGAUUUGACGUGCACUGUUGUUGAUUCAUCUGCCAUAUUGGCAGAAAUUGCAAUUCUAACAGCACCGAGAUCUGAUCAGAAUCAACCAGAGACUCAAAUUGCUAGGAUGUCAUCAACUGAUCUAAGGAAUACAUGGGGAGUUCUUUCAAAGCAGUAUACAGAAGAGUAUGAACAAUGUGUAGAAGGCAUUUUGCUUAGUGAGAAAGUGGAGCAGUUUGAUUAUGAUGGUCUGCGUAAAACACUUGAGCAACUUUCUGAUUUUGAGAGAAGGACAAAUUCAAGGGUGAUUGAAUCUGAGGUACUUAAGGGACUGAAUCUUGAAGAUAUAAAACGGGCUGGGGAACGCCUAAUUCUCCAUGACGGUUGUGCUGGUUUUUUCCAGAGCAUUAUAAAGAAUAAAAAUCUGAAUGCCAAUGUCCAUGUCCUUUCCUACUGUUGGUGCGGAGAUCUCAUUAGAUCAGCUUUUUCAUCAGGGGACUUAAAGGUUCUGAAUGUACAUUCAAACGAGUUUACCUAUGAAGAAUCCAUAUCCACGGGUGAAAUUGUUAAAAAGGUCGAGUCCCCCAUUGACAAGAUUCACACUUUCAGUGAUAUCCUACAGAAGUGCAGCAAUGACAGGAAGAACUUGACCAUAUACAUUGGAGACUCAGUUGGUGAUUUACUCUGUCUGCUCGAGGCAGAUGUAGGCAUUGUGCUUGGCUCGAGUUCAAGCCUAAGGAGAGUGGCGAGUCAUUUUGGUGUUUCUUUUAUUCCAUUAUUUCCUGGGUUAGUUAAGAAGCAGAAGGAAUGUGUUGAAGGAGGCUCAUCUAGUUGGAAGGGGCUAAGUGGCAUUCUUUACACAGUCUGUAGUUGGGCUGAAAUACACGCUUUCAUUUUGGGGCCAUAG